GGCAUUUACAUAUCGCUAUUAGUCUUGUUGAUAAAUCAGCUUAUGGAAGCGUUGGAGCAACACCUCUGGGAUUUGUCCCAUCAGUUCUAUAACCAAGCCGUGCAAAACAGAUCACGGGUGAUUACCGUGACCCAUCUCCAGGAGUACCACACACUCGUGAAGUUGAGCAUUGUUUGUCUUCAAAAGAUCAUCAGACAAGGACAUAGGGCAACUCUCAGACUCAGGAUCAAGGCUUACAUUCAGUGGGCACAGAUUAUCAUCAAUGAGGUAAAUCUCAAAGCCUCUGAUCAAAAUCCAGAGGCUCUGUUGACCUCAGCAAUGUUCUUAUGUGGUGAAAUUGUUGAAUUCACACAUCUUAAGCUGACCGCGUUGUAUACGUUGAUUCAAUUACAACUCGCAAAUGGAGAUGUUGGCCGUGCCCUUCCGAUGACGACUACAACAGCGUUCAAGGAUUAUGCACUGAUGAAAUUUCUCAGGUUCCAAUGCCUACAACUGCUCUGUGGAAACCCCCAAGGGUUGGAAAAGGCCACUGCGGCGUUCUCUUCACUCAUGAAUUGUCCACAAUGGAGUUCGUUGAAUGAACACACAAAGAAAGCUAUCAAACUAUUAGGUAUCGUUUUCUUCAUCAAUAACUCGUUGUCUGUACCGUAUAGCGUCUAUGAGAUUGACACGUCGGAUGAAAAGGACAUGGAUUGUUGGAAGAAGUGCAUCAUCUCUACUUUGGAGCUCAUCAAUAAUCAACUACAAUAUUCCGUAACCCUUCAAGAUUUGCAGGAGUCACUUAAGGAAGCUCAUUCAGAUAAGCAUGUUCUUCGCGUGAAUCUAGAGUUCCCUCAUGACAACGGGGUUGUUACACUUAGCAGUGAGAUUCAACUCAUGCCAUUGGUGACAACUCAAUUACACCUGAUACGGGCUCUGAAGUCCAGCUCAGUGAAGAGAUCAUUGGACACUGUAUCUAAUACCGAAUUUGCUUGCCAACAAGAACUGCACAAAAUGUUAGCAGGAACGUACUCCUACAUGAAAAGCUCUUCAAUGGUGAUUAGAGAGGCUCAGUCAGUCCUACAGGAUGUAUAUUUCUUCGAAACGCUUCUUCUCAUAGGCAACAAAGGUAUCUGGCCAGCAAAGUUCAAUUCGGACGGCUCCAAAAUCAUCUUCAAACUAGAUGAGUUACCAAGUUGGGACAAGAUUGGCCUCACGGAGUUAGAUGUCAUGAUAAAAGAUUGUCCACGUCGUUUAAAUAUGUGGUCUUCGAGGAUACGAGACACUCCUAGAAGAGCAUUCUUGAUUGCGAUGUCGUUGCACUCUUUGGGGAAGGUCGUUGAUGCAAUAAACCCUAAAACAAUACCCUCUGUUAGGAGCCAUGGUCUUGUAUACACAGUCUUUGACGGAGCUGAAGAAUUCGGAUCAGAAACAAAAAUACUCACAAGUUGCGUUCAACUUGGCUAAAUUGGGCUUCUAUCCACUGGUUAGGUAUACAACUGGCCUAUUAAACGCUUCCAAUGCGAGCUCUGCACACAACAUAGAACAGAACGAAGUUCAAAUGGAAAAGUUGAGAAGGAUACAGCCAGCUAUUAAAGUAAUUUAUAAUGGGCUUUGAAGAUUGAGCCAUUUCAUCAAUUGAUUACAAGAAACUACAUGGCAGCCCUGUGCCCCAUCAGGGCCUUUUCAUUGUUGUAUAAUAAUCUCUUUUACUAGUGUAAUACCCAUAAUCUAGAGUGA